AUGGAUCCCUUUACCAUAAACUCUCCCGGGUUUACUUCGCUCCUAGCUUCGCAGAGCAGUCCAGCAAUGGACUGCGACUUCGCUGAGGCAGUAGCCAACUCUCCCGGGAUAGUGAAACCGGUCCUAAAGAGAAAGUGGACAACAAAAGAAGACCUAGUGCUCAUCAGUGGGUGGCUGAACACGAGCAAGGAUGCUAUUGUCGGUAACGAGCAGAAGGGAGGAUCCUUUUGGAAGAGAAUUGAGCUCUACUUCAAUUCAAGCCCUCAGCUCACUGGCUCAGUUCCUAGAGAGUGGAGUCAGUGUAAGCAGAGGUGGGGAAGGGUGAACGAGCAGGUGUGCAAGUUUGUGGGGAGUUAUGAGGCGGCUUUGAAGGAGCAAUCUAGUGGUCAAAAAUGA